ACAAAAUACUACUAAAAUCUUAAACAACCAAAUUUCCUCUCUCAAAUCAAAACUCAAAAGAGUUUGAAGUUUGAACCAAAUUCUACCCUUUUUCAUAUCUGUCUCUUCUGCCAAAGGUAAAUCAUGCUUCCCUCCGGAAUUGCGCAAAAAGGGUCUCAUCUCAUUGUUUCCCAAUGAACUAGGAAAGAGAGGGAGAGAAAGAGGAGAAAAAGAGAAUGAAAGUGUACGAGGACAGUGGUUGCUUUGAUCCCAACUCCAUGACGGAUUGCCAGGCACUCAUGGGGGGACUGGCCGGGGGCAUCUCCACCAACAGCCAAAACAGUUUGGAAGACAAUCUCAAUCUCUCUUCUUACAAUAAUCACCAGCAUGAAGAUGCCUCCGCCGCCGCUGCUGCCGUGGAAAUGGAAAUCCAACAACACUACAUGCUUGAUAACAACACCACCAACAAUAACAACACUACCCUGUUGAUUCCACAACUAACUCAGGAGCUUUCCUAUGAUCAGUCCAAUUGGGUUGCUGACCAACAAAGUUUCAAUAUGGUGCCAUCUUCUUCAUCCCCAGAAGCUGCUUACCCUGCAACGCCUGACCUUCUCAACCUUUUCCAUUUACCCAGAUGCUCUUUUCUUCCCAAUUCCUCCAUUUCCUUUGAAAGCGCACCUGCCUCCUCUGUUGUAUAUGACCCACUUUUCCAUCUCAACCUGCCUCCUCAGCCUCCUGUUUUCAGGGAGUUGCUGCAAUCUCUGCCCCAUGGCUACACCUUGCCGGCUGAUGACAGAGAGGCCAGUGGGGGCGGGGGACUUUAUCAUGAUGGGGACAAUGGGAUUCUUGAGUUCAAUAGGGGCAUCUCUAUGGCUGGCCAUGGCAAAGGCAGAAAUAGAGCUGGCAAAACCACCAAACACUUUGCUACCGAGAGGGAAAGGAGAGUUCAUCUUAAUGACAAGUACAAGGCUUUGAGGAAUAUGGUCCCUAACCCAUCCAAGACCGAUAGAGCAUCUAUAGUGGGGGAUGCCAUAAACUACAUCAAAGAGCUUGUUAGAACAGUUAAUGAGCUUAAGUUACUGGUGGAGAAAAAGAGAUGUGGCCAAGGAAGGAGCAAGAGGCUUAAGACUGAAGAUGCUGGUAGUGCUGCUGAUGCCGGGGAUGUUGAGUGCAAGCCUCUAGGGGAUCCAGACCAAUGCUAUAAUUCUUCCUUGAGGAGCUCUUGGCUUCAGAGGAAGUCUAAGGAUACUGAGGUUGAUGUACGCAUUAUUGAUGAUGAAGUUACCAUCAAACUUGUUCAAAGAAAGAAGAUCAACUGCUUGCUGUUUGUGUCCAGACUCCUCGACGAGCUUCAGUUGGAUCUCCACCAUGUUGCUGGUGGCCACGUUGGUGACUAUUACAGCUUUCUCUUCAACACCAAGAUAUACGAAGGCUCUUCUGUUUAUGCUAGUGCCAUAGCAAACAAGCUCAUCGAGGGCGUGGAUAGACAGUAUGCAGCUGCUCCACCAACCAGUAGCACUUGUCUCUAGUUUGGCAACGAUGGAAAAGUUUCAUAUGUUUGUUUCUCAAUGGGAAUGAACAGACUUCAGUUGUUGGGUUAUCAUACAUUACUUUGAAUAGUACUAUUAAGGAUUUGCUGAUACUACUUUAUUUUCAUUAGCAUUGAUAUAGAUGCAGUGGAUGUGGUUUUGUUUUCGCUA